UCUUGUCACGUUUAGUUUUGUGAUGGCGUCAAAUUCCGAACAGUUGGCGAUCGUCCUCGUAUUUUUCAAAAUAUGCAACUGCUUUUAUGUAUACAACACCCAGUUUAAAUGAAAAAUGAAACGAUCGAAAAUUGACAUAAUCAACACUGUCGAAUCCUACUUAAAACGGAGGCAUUAUCAUCAGGAGUGUGACGUUCUUCGUAAACCUGAACGCGGAGAUUGUCAAACCAGCGCCGCCGAAAUGACUUUAAGCACGACUGUUGAGUGCAGUACUUCUCGUGAGAAUUCAAUCGUUUUUAGCGCUAUUACAAACGACGCUGGAGUCGCUGAUCAGGCAUAUCACAAAUUGAAAAUAUGGAUUCAAACAGUAAACAAUGAAAAGCUGAAGAUUGAACUGCAAGGAGUAUUGUAUCCGAUAUUUUGUCAUUUAUAUCUGGAGAUGUUGCACGGUGGUAACAGACAGGCAGCUAUUCAGUUUUUAAAAAUGUACCAAAACGAUUUUGUCUCUGAUACCGAACGAGACUUUUUAGAAGAACUAUCUAGCGUAUUUUCUAUUCAAGAUAUAGAACUCAGGCCAUUGGUUAAUGCGUUCAGAACAAGAAAAUACAAGGUCGAUAUGUCGGACGAUGCUCACUUCUGCCUUCAAAAGUUUCUUGCUAAACAGGGACAUGUUAUUUUAAUGCAGGUAAUAAAUACACAUGUGACAAUAAUCAGAAAAAUAUCAGAAGUACAUCCAGAUGAAGAUAGAAGUUGUGAACGUGGACCAAAGAGAGAAUCGGUAAUUAACGGCCAUGUCGAGCAACCUUCGGGUACAGGUGUAGAUCGUGAAAUGCGUGAACUCCAAGAAGCUAUUCGAUUGAUCCGUAGUAACGUUCAUCAACCAUUGAGGGUCUACGCCAUUAACAAUGCCAAUGAAAACGCUAGCUGCGGUUCAAUUACGCCCAACAUAGACAGGCUAGCAGCAGGAUUUAGCACUUCCGAAAUAAGACUGUGGGGAAUAUCAGAUACGGUACUUACAAAGCCAAGACUUAAAGCAGCGCCACUCAAUUUUCCAUCUAAGAAUCCAUCCACCAGUAGAAGUUUAUGGUCCGAGGACCAUAUGGAUGAAGCAGGGGCAAUUGUGAUGCGAGGGCACACGGAUGUGGUACACGAUUUAAAAUUCAUUCCCGAAGCUGAUGUUCUUCUAUCUGUAUCUAGUGACAAAGAUAUGAGAGCAUGGCGACUGAGCGAUUAUUCCUGUGCAGCUAUAUACAACGGACAUAAUUAUCCUGUAUGGUGCAUGGAUACCAGUGUAUUUAAUUUGUACAUAGCAACUGGUUCGCACGAUCGUACUGCCAAACUCUGGUCGCUAGACCGAACUUUUCCACUUCGGAUAUUUGCCGGUCAUUUUCUAGAUGUUAAUUGCAUUAGAUUUCAUCCUAAUGCCCGAUAUCUAGCAACUGGUUCAGCAGACAAAACUAUAAGGCUAUGGAGCAAAGAUGAUGGUAGCUUGGUUAGAGUUUAUGUUGGCGCUCGGUCAACAAUUUACAGUCUUGCCUUUAGUCCAGAUGGAAAGUAUUUAGCCGCUGCUGGUGACGACAAAAGUGUAUCUAUAUGGGAUUUAGCAACGAAUACCCAGUUAAUUGAGUUGAAGGGUCACCAGGAUACAGUAAUGAAUUUGGAUUGGAGUUCCGAUGGCCAGUAUAUUGCUAGUGCUAGUAUAGAUGGAGCAGUGCGACUUUGGUCGACUCAACGACACAUAAAUACCAGUAAUGGGGACAACACAAACUCACAAUCUGGACAAGACAAUUCUCAAGUAUAUCCAACAAAUUGCUCAAGUAUUUUAUCACUACAAUACCAUCAGAAGAAUGACUCACUUGUUUGUAUUGGAACGUCGUAGGCUAAUGUGUGUAUACUACUGUAACUGAGUUAUGAAUUAUUUAUUUUAUUCGCGUCACUGUAGGAAAGAAAAUGUAUAAGUGAGCAAUUACCGUAUAAGGCCUCAUAAUAGUUGAUAUGGUAUCUGUAUUCAUCAGCAUAAACUGCAAAUAACUACCUAAAUUUAAUAAGAUUAUCAGUUUUCAUGACUUUAUUGUGUCAAUGACUUUAGCAGUAGUACCGUUGACGAUUUUUACUGUUAGAACUUUUAUAGUGAAUUCUAAUAAACCAAUUCGUAAAUAUACUGCAUUAAAGAUAAGAAAAGAUAUGCGAUUCAAAAUUGGUUAUAAAUUCCGACUUUUCCGUGAUACAUCUGAACAAGAUCUGAUUGUAAACAUGCCCAUUUUUGAAACUAUAUAACUGCUACAAGCACUUUCACAUAAUGAGUUGCAUAUCCGUUUCAGAUACUUUGUACUAAAUUAUUCUUUACUUUUAAUGAAUAAUCUUGUUUGCAGUGAACACCACUUAUCACAAAUCAAACAUCCACAAUAACGCAUUGUUCUGAAUAUAUUUUGAUACUAAAUACAAUUUGAGUCGAGAUUCUAAGAAGUCAUUUCAUAAACUAUUUUAAAAUGUAUCUGGAAACCGAUCCGGAUAAACGAAGCACAAUUUUCAGAAUAAUGUCCAGCACCAAGAACCUAGGAUAUGUCCUAUAGGCAAUACGGUUUUACACCAAAGAAAUUAUAUACUUGCUAACACUAACUCACAAGUCAAAGUAAAAAUAAUAA